UGAUUUUGUUUCGUGCAGUUCCGGGGAAUGAACCAAAAUGGCGGCCCGAGCAGCGGCAGCUUCCGUCCAGUGAAUGAAGUCAGCUGACCUCUGCCUGCUGCUGUCACGCACUCCAUCGCGCGUCGUUUUCUCUCGAAGCAAGACAGCAAAACAGCCGCUUCGCGACCACACGAAACCAGUGAAAAUGGACACAUCCAAGCUGCCCAAGAUCCGAGAUGAGGACAGAGAGAGCCAGUUUGGAUAUGUGCAUGGAGUCUCCGGACCAGUGGUGACAGCGACUGCCAUGGCAGGGGCAGCCAUGUACGAGCUGGUGCGUGUUGGACACAGCGAGCUGGUGGGAGAGAUCAUCCGGCUGGAGGGCGACAUGGCCACCAUCCAGGUCUAUGAGGAGACUUCCGGCGUGUCCGUCGGCGACCCGGUGCUGCGUACCGGCAAGCCGCUCUCCGUGGAGCUGGGCCCGGGAAUCAUGGGCUCCAUCUUCGACGGCAUCCAGCGACCCCUGAAGGACAUCAACGACCUCACGCAGAGCAUCUACAUCCCGAGAGGCGUCAACAUCGGAGCCCUCAACCGAGACAUCAAGUGGGAAUUCUCCCCCGUCAAGAGUCUGCGGGUUGGUAGUCACAUCACAGGUGGCGACAUCUACGGCAUGGUGUAUGAAAAUUCCCUCAUCAAGCACAAAAUCAUGCUCCCGCCCAAAAACCGGGGCACUGUGACCUACGUGGCGCCGCCUGGAAACUAUGACCUCUCCGACGUGGUGAUGGAGCUGGAGUUCGAGGGUGUGAAGGAGAAGUUCACCAUGGUGCAGGUGUGGCCCGUCAGACAAGUCCGGCCCGUCACGGAAAAGCUGCCCGCCAAUCACCCGCUGCUGACUGGACAGAGAGUCCUGGAUGCCCUUUUCCCGUGCGUGCAGGGAGGAACCACAGCCAUUCCCGGCGCUUUCGGCUGCGGGAAGACCGUCAUCUCCCAGUCGCUGUCCAAAUACUCCAACAGCGACGUCAUCGUCUACGUCGGCUGCGGCGAGCGCGGGAACGAGAUGUCAGAAGUGCUGCGAGAUUUCCCCGAGCUGACCAUGGAGGUGGACGGCAAGACUGAAAGUAUCAUGAAGAGAACAGCUCUGGUGGCCAACACCUCCAACAUGCCCGUAGCUGCCAGAGAAGCCUCCAUCUACACGGGAAUCACGCUGUCCGAGUACUUCCGAGACAUGGGCUACAACGUCAGCAUGAUGGCCGACUCCACCUCCCGCUGGGCCGAAGCUCUCAGGGAGAUUUCGGGACGUCUGGCUGAGAUGCCGGCUGACAGCGGCUACCCGGCCUACCUGGGAGCCCGCCUGGCCUCCUUCUACGAGCGCGCCGGAAGGGUAAAAUGUCUAGGAAACCCAGAGAGGGAGGGCAGCGUGAGCAUUGUCGGAGCUGUCUCGCCCCCUGGUGGUGACUUUUCUGAUCCCGUUACCUCAGCCACGCUUGGUAUUGUUCAGGUGUUCUGGGGACUGGACAAGAAGCUGGCCCAGAGGAAACAUUUCCCCUCGGUCAACUGGCUUAUCAGCUACAGCAAGUACACCCGCGCCCUGGAUGAGUACUACGACAAGCACUUUGCCGAAUUUGUGCCUCUGCGCACCAAGGCCAAGGAGAUCCUACAGGAGGAGGAGGACCUGGCUGAGAUUGUGCAGCUUGUCGGGAAGGCGUCACUGGCGGAAACGGACAAGAUCACGCUGGAAGUGGCCAAGCUGAUUAAAGACGACUUCCUGCAACAGAAUGGCUACACGCCUUAUGACAGAUUCUGUCCCUUCUACAAGACGGUGGGCAUCCUGUCCAACAUGAUCGCGUUCUACGACAUGGCGCGCCACGCAGUGGAGACCACGGCGCAGAGCGACAACAAGAUCACCUGGGCCAUGAUCCGUGAGCACCUGGGAGAAGUCCUCUACAGGAUCAGCUCCAUGAAAUUUAAGGACCCGGUGAAGGACGGUGAGGCCAAGAUAAAGGGCGAGUAUGCACAGUUGCUGGAAGAUAUGCAGAACGCCUUCCGUACUCUGGAAGAAUAGAUGUUUUUUUUCCGGUCUCCAAUCCAUCACAUUCCGCCUUUUGUGCUUCCCCGUUGUGUGCGUGCGUGUAUGCAACUUCAUUUGGAGGUCAAAGAGAAAAGAUGUACUGUAUUUGUGAUUAUUCGGUGCCUCAUGUAGGCGCACUCUGGAUCCCUCUGCAUGAUCUUAAAUUAUCGUGUGGCCCUUUUGUUUACAUCUUCACAUCAUCAUACGCGUGUGUGGUUGCUCUUUUUCAUUGUCCACAAAUCACACGCUAUCAUCUCUGUACAGAAGAAUUAUGAACAGAAUAUGGAAUGAGAUGAGUCUAUUUAUUGUGACGUUUUUGACAGAACUGUGUCGUUUUGUUUUACGCUUGUGAGCGUGUGUAUUUGUGUUGUGUACUUUGGCCGCGUGGAUGCCUGUACGAGUCCGACAGCUCCCAAGCGAUUAAAAGUGUGGGCUUGAAAACGGAACAAAAGGAUAAA